CAGGUAAAUGGAAGAGCUGGAGACCAGUUUAUUCCAGACACGGAAAGCACAUAGAAUAGAACAAAUGGUGGCAAGAUGGCUUCGGCGCUCCCGGGACAGCUCAGCCCGGGCUAAAGUCUCUGCAGCUGAUGGGCCCCCCGGGAACCCAAGCCAGACCCUCACCCCUGUGAGGCACACACUAAAGAUAGACAAAGAUGCCCUCCUUCAGAACUAUGGAUUUCACAUUUCCGAGAGCCUUCCCCUCACAGUGGUGGCCGUCACAGCAGGAGGUUCCGCUCAUGGCAAGCUUUUCCCCGGUGAUCAGAUCCUGCAAAUGAACAAUGAGCCCGCUGAAGCCCUUUCCUGUGAACGAGCAGUCGAUAUUCUGAGGGACGCUGAAGAAACUCUUUCAAUCACAGUUGUUCGCUGCACGUCGGGAGUCCCUAAAUCAUCCUUCCUGACUGAGGAGAAGAGAGCCAGACUGAAGACCAACCCUGUGAAGGUACACUUUGCUGAGGAAGUACUCAUCAGUGGACACAGCCAGGGUAAUUCUCUGCUGUGUAUGCCCAACGUGCUCAAGCUGUACUUGGAGAAUGGACAGACCAAAGCUUUCAAGUUUGAGGAAAACACAACUGUGAAGGACAUCAUCCUCACAGUGAAGGAGAAGUUGUCGAUUCGAAGUAUCGAGUACUUCGCGCUGGUCCUGGAAGAGCAGUACAGCAUUUCGCGACUGCACCUGCUGCAUGAAGAGGAACUCAUCCAGCAGGUGGUAGAAAGGGAAGAGUCACAUGACUAUCGCUGCCUCUUCAGGGUGUGUUUUGUUCCCAAGGACCCCCUGGACCUCCUGAAAGAAGACCCCGUGGCCUUUGAAUAUCUCUAUCUGCAGAGCUGCAGCGACGUGCUCCAGGAACGCUUUGCUGUAGAAAUGAAAUGCAGUUCUGCACUCCGACUCGCGGCCCUGCACAUCCAGGAGCGGAUCUAUGCAUGUGCCCAGCCACAGAAGAUCUCUUUGAAGUAUAUAGAGAAGGAUUGGGGAAUAGAGAACUUUAUAUCUCCAACUUUACUUAGAAACAUGAAAGGCAAAGACAUCAAGAAAGCCAUCAGCUUCCACAUGAAGAGGAACCAGAAUUUGCUGGAACCUCGACAGAAGCAACUUAUUUCUGCUGCCCAGCUACGUUUAAAUUAUCUACAGAUCCUUGGGGAGCUCAAGACAUAUGGUGGAAAAAUCUUUAAUGCUACUUUAAUGCUACAGGACAGAGAAUCCUACAUUGCACUUCUCGUUGGAGCCAAGUAUGGGAUUAGCCAAAUUAUCAAUAGCAAACUCAACAUCAUGUCCACAUUGGCAGAGUUUGCAAACAUCAGCCGCAUAGAGCUGACGGAAGAGUCUGAGAAAGUGAGCCUGGUCAAAGUGUAUCUUCAGGACGUCAAGGUUCUGUCUUUGCUGCUGGAAUCCAACAGUGCAAAAGACCUAGCCUGUCUGAUUGCUGGAUACUACAGGCUGUUGGUCGACCCUGUUACCUGCAUUUUUCUCUGGCCUGGAAACAAACAACAAGUGCACCGGGUAUCUGCUGAAGAAGGUUACGAAUCCAGGGCCUGCAGCGACUCAGAGGAGUCCUCCGAGGUGGACUGUGUACUAGAGCCUCUUUCUGAUAGACACCCUGUGAAGCUGGGUCCCUGCAGAUCACUCAUAAAAGAAGAGCAGUCUCCUGGGAACAACUCUACACCUGAGGAGGCCAGGAGAGGCCCAAGCACAUGUGGGGCCUGCAGCACGACAGACAGUGCCGAGUCUGAGGCAUCCGACUCAGCCAACACGGAGAGUCGGGGCUGUAAGACCAGCGGCUCAAGCGAGUCCGUGGAGGCCCUGGAAGAGGAUGACUUAGACGCCUGCUCCUCCAGCGUGUCUGCCUUCUUCCACUUUGGCUCAUCAGGCCUCCCAGAGAGCCUCAGUUCUGACAGCCAAGAAGAGAGGAGCAGGAUCGAGACCAGUGGCUUCCUCUGUCUCCUGGACCUGGCCCAGAGAGCCAACCCCCAGUGCCAGAAGACAGAGUUUUCCGAGAGUGGCGCUUCCGAGACACUCAGCUGGGGACCAGAACUGAGUGCCGUCAGGCUGGACCCAAAGCUAUAUGAGGGCAGCCGGGCUGACUACUACAGCCUGUGCUCCAGCGUCUCCCCGGCCAGCCACCUGAGUGACAGCUCCGAGAGUACAGCUUCCCGGCAGGGGGGAGCCCUGUCAGGCUGUGGUCAGCAGGGCUGGACUGAGGCACAGCCGGGCUCCACACUGGAAGCCCUGGCCCUGCACUCACCACUGGCCUUUGAGGAUGGCAGCUCGGAUGAGGAGUACUAUGACGCAGCUGAUAAGCUCACACCCCCAGACACCCUCUCAGGGCCCAGAGCUGUUUCUGCUGCAGAAACCAGUGCCACAAGCUUACGGAGUAAGGUUAGCUCCUGCAGCCCUGAGAACAGCCUGCAUCCUGGGCCCGAUGGAAGAGAGCCGAGCCGAAGGGGAGUGGUGAAGAAGUAUGCCAAGACCCUGAGGAAGAGAAGGUCUUUCCUGCAGACCGACUACACCUCUCAGGUCUCGUUUCCCCUGGUGCCAUCAGCCUCCCUGGAGAGCAUAGAUGACGUGUGCUACUAUGACAGAGAGAUAUACCUGGCCCUUGGGGCGCCCUCCCCAACUGUGUCCUCUUUGCAGGACAUGCAGGGUGAGCCUGGCCUCCUGGAGACCAAGGCCCUGGGGCUGCUGGCUCCCUUGAGGGAAGCCAAGGGCACAAACCCGGCCUCUAGGGUCAUGGAGAUGGAGCCUGAGACCAUGGAGACCAAGUCUGUUAUUGACUCACGAGUGUCUUCUAUUUCUGCCAUUCGCCUCCGGAUUGACCCCAGCAAUAAAGAGAACUCUGGGGUCAUCCCUUUGAUUGCUAUGGAUGCCACUUCCUCGGCAAGCACUCCUCACUGCUCCAAUGUGGGUUCAUCUGGCCCAGAUACUGCUCAGGCCAGGCCUCCUCAGAUUUUUUCUCCACCUCAGGAUGGUGUUGCCCCCAGAGAACUUGCCAUAGAAUGUGGAGACAGCUUCUUCUCCCUCUCCAGUAGUGACCUUCAUCCAGACAGAGUCUGCCUGGCCAUCAGCCCACGGCUACAUAAUGCCUCUCAAGGAGACACACUAGAGCUAGGAGGAGUCGAACUGGAAAUGGGAUUUGGAUCGUUUUGUGCGAAUCAAAUACAAGAAACUACCCCCAAAUGCACAGAGCCUUUGUUGUCUCCUGGAGAUGAGCCUAGAAGUGAGGAAUGUGGAAUAAAUUCAGGAGAGAAGCUGGCUUCUGUCCCAGUAAAGGAAGAGCAACAAGGACAAGUAUCUUUGGAAAGUGACAGAGAAGUUACACACAAAAAUGGCGCCACCUUAUUUCAGGAGGAAUCUAGGAGGGACUCAGAUGAACCCAAGGGUGACGUGUCAAAUGCUGUUUCACAGGCUUUUGAUGGUAGUACUCCAGCUGGUAAAAUAACAACCUCCCUGUCCCUGGAUGCUUCUUUAACAGGGACUGAGAAGAUCCCACCACAUCCCCCCAAAGACUCUCAAGGACAGAGCAGAGAAACCCCAGACCAAGCCAGCCAGCCCGGAGAACAAAAACUAUUGGAAGAGUUGGAUUUAUACCCUAAUGUCUUACUUGGGAAUCAGACCAUUUCAUCAGCCUUCCCUCCAGAGGGGGUCAAGUCAGAGCCACUUAACCAUGCGAUAGGAGAAGAUCUAGCCCCUCAGGACACCCCUCAGGGGGUCUGUUUUAAUCCAGAGCCUUCUCUGCCAAAACCACUACCAUGUCCACAAGAGGAGUCUCACUUGGAAGCUUCAAACCAUUGCUCACUGUCAGAAAGCAAAGAGGACAGGUCUGGCCUCUGCCUUCCCACUGAGAAGUCUUUCCUGUGCUUUGCCCCAGAAAGCCAUCCUAAAGUUUCUACCAGUCUCAGGAUGGCCACGUCUUUGGGUUUUGCAGGUGUGAAUGAGACCGGGACCCCCUGGAUUGGGAUGGAGCAGUGCAGCUGUCAGUUCUCCUAUGCCACAUGCUUCCGAGCCCCCCAACUGGAAACAGAGGAAGAAGACAGGGGCUUGGAAGCACGCCCCACAGUCCCCCUCACCUCACCGCCUUCUGCAGGAAGCCUGGUGGUUCUGCCCUGGAGGCCUGCCCGAGCCCACAGUUGCAGCGCUGCACCCCUGUCAAGGAAAAAUCACAUCUGGCCAGAGUACUGCUCCAGGGUGCUGAGACAACUGAAAGCCACCCCUACCAACACCCCCGAGGGUUUCAUUCAACUUAUGGAGAGCUUGCUGGAACUACAAGACAUUUUAGAAGCUUCCUGGGGGGUUGGAAACAAACAUCCCCCAGAGAAGUGCACGUGGCACUUUUCUGAAAGCCGGAGCCGGCUCUGCAUGGGCUCCCAAAAGCUCCUAUCAAGCUGUCAGCAUGUGAUCAGAAUGGAUCAGUCCCCUGAAGAGAUGCAGGGGGCUGUGCGGGAUACCUUCCAGCACCUGGUCCAGCUGGCAGGCCUGUGCUUCCAGUUCACGGAUUGCACCCGCUGCUCUGCCCGGCACAGGGAAGCAGCUGGGAACCUGAGGGACGUUGUGUACACCUACCACCAGUUUGUAGAGGCUGCUAAAUUGACCUGCGAGAGAGGCUAUCAUGACCUGAGUGUGAAACUCUUGGCCCGUCAGUGCACGGCCCUUACAGCUGCCGUAUUCUGUUUGACCCAGAAAUUCCGAGCAUCCAUGGCCCUGUGAGCAGGUCAACUACCCAGGGGUCCCCUGUCCUGCCCUGCCUUGGACACUUCCCUGAGAAACCCCUUCCAAUCCCCUGCCCACCCCUUUCAAAUGUUUACUAUAUAGAGUAUUCAAAUAAAUUGCUGCUUAAUCUUG